AUGUCAGUGAGAAGCGGCGCAAGUACAGCGGUCGCCCUGCUAGCGAGCGAAGAUUACGACGUCUUCCUUAUUGGCAAUCGUUUAGCCUUUGCUAAAAAACAUCGACUCAGGCCAAUAUAUUCUGUGGAUCAUGAUAAUCUCAAUAAGCUUGUUGGACUAUGCCUCAACGGACCUGAACCAAUGGUACUUUGGAAAUAUUGCGAACGAGGAAGCUUGGAGGUACUUUUUGUUGUUUUCCUGAAUCUUCCAUAUCUAAAAGGAGAAUUAAAACCAGACGAAUAUGGUUUCAGGAUGCGAUUGAACGUGGCAUUCAAGGAUAUGACGAACAGUUCAUGGUUUCAUUGA